CAGCCGAUUUAAAAGCAGUAUACUAGCAAAGAGAGCCCCCGACAUGAGGGAUUUUUUACAGAGACGUAAAAAUAAAAUACUAUAUUUGCAAAGAAAACCGCCUUUCUUAUAGUGACAGCGAACAGUUCUCUGCUGAUUUUCCAAGGCCACAAAGCGAUCGACAGAGUAUUGUACCACAGCAGCACCCAUCAAGCCAUGCACAGGAUGUACAAGGGCAGGAACACGAACCCCAACCAUCAACAUCUCGUGGAAUACAAGAGCCUGUUUGUAAAAAGUCAAGAAUGGGGGCUGACAUCCCUCAGAGGACGGUAACAGACAGUGACAAUACCAGUGAAGAGGAUGUUAUGUCAGGAACCCAAUCAGCAGAUGAGGGGGAGGCCUUGGAAGACUCUGCCACGUUAAGUGCAACAGAAGCCCCAGAGGUGUUCCUCGAAAGAAUGCAAGCAUGGCAUAGAAACUUUGAGAAUUUCACGGCGACAGAAUACUAUGAACGUUAUAGAUUUGUAAAUAUGGAAUAUGUUCAAUCAUUCACACAAGCUAUAGAUAUUAUUCAUAAUGAGAUACAGGGCCUUUUGAACCGUAUUUCCAGAGAGAUAAGACCCAAUGAUUUUAUACAAUUGCGGAUGGAUGCCGAGGAAUUAGGGAGGCCCUUAUUUAGUGUUAGGAGGCAUCUGGAGGAUUUAACUGCUGAUCAGUUCCUUAGUUAUGUAGAGAAUUUAUUACAGAGCAACGUUGAACUCUUGUGGAGGAAUUCUUUGGAAUUUACAGUCACUAUUGUGAAGAACCGGGAGGGGGGAGGUCUUAGGAAAUUAGGAACAGUUCUAUUCAGUAAGGUAUUGGAGAAGAAAAAACAGCACCUGAUUGAUUUCAAUGUGGAGGGGAUGUUUCUGUGUUUUGCAGGCAGCCUGCUGACAUUGUUAGAUAACGGGACGUCUACUAAACAAGAAAUUAUUACCAGAGCUGUGGACCUACAUAAAACCCUGGGUAUUCCUACAGAUCACAGAAUUGACUUUUCACAGAUACACUUAUUUGAGGACUACUUCGGUAUAACUAUAAAGAUCGUGUUAUACCAUGAAGGGGGUUGGAGAUUUUUUGUAACAGGAGGGUCCCUGGAAGUAAGAGUAGAGUUUAUGCUGUUACACGACAGUCAUUACUAUGGUGUAAAAAACAUAAAAGGCUUCAUGGGUGCUCGUUACUUCUGCAAGAUGUGCCACACAGCAUAUCACCAUAAAUUUAAGCAUGAUUGUCAAUAUUUUUGUCGAGCCUGCACAGGCUUAGAAUGCCGCAAAUUGCCAGGCGGGAGUGUGAAGUGCCAAACGUGCAAAACGCUUUGCAGAUCUAAGUCAUGUCUUGAAAUGCAUGAACGGCUGGCUUCGGAAGGAAAAAUUAGUUGUGAAGCUAAUGUAUUUUGUUCCAGGUGUGGUAUAUAUGUGCCUGUCCCACACACCGAAUGUAAGAAGGUAACGUGCGGGCAGUGUGAUGCUGUAGUAGAUAGCUUGGUAGGUCACUUAUGUUUUCUGAAAAGGCUUUACAAACCAAAUAUCGGUGCCAGUUACAUUGUGUAUGAUUUUGAAUGUUGUCAAGAAACAGGAACACACAUACCAAAUUAUGUGUAUGCUAUGGACAUGCUGGAUGGUCAAGAGGUUAGAAAGUGGGAAUGGUCGGAGUUAAAUGUCUGGAGGAAUUUGUGAAAACGUUUGUGCAGCCUAAGUUUAAGGGUUCCACAUUCAUAGCCCACAACUCCAAGAGUUAUUAUGGUUACCUAAUCCUCAGGCAGUUGAUUCGUGAAAAGGUGAAGGUACAACUCUUAACUCAAGGAGGCAAACUGUUAUGCAUAACCCUGCCUAUGUUUCACAUACGUUUUAUCGACAGCCUUUCUUUUUUACCAAUGAAGCUUAGUAAAAUGCCAAAAGCUAUGGGUUUUCAAGGCUCCAAGGGUUAUUUCCCUCAUUUGUUCAACACUGCAGAGAAUCAAGAGUAUGUUGGAACUUUGCCAGAAGCCAGGUAUUAUAGUCCUGAUACCAUGAUGCCUGGUGAGAGAGAGGACUUUGAGAAAUGGUAUGCGGCUAAUAAA